CAUUGCAAAUAGCCCACAACUCUAACGACCAAUUCUCAAGAUUUUCAAGUAUUCUUUGAAACUCUGAUAAAUAAUACCCUAUUGAUCAUAAGUCCGCAAAAAAAACAAAAGUCUUCAAUAUGUUUAAGUUUCUUGUUUAUCUUUUGGUUUGUAUUUCUCUUCAUGCAUGCAGUGCCAGACCAAUUGCAACUACUGACCAAGAAAACAAAAUACCGCUCUCUAGCAAGGAUGUAACAUUUUUGACUAGUGACAUAUCUAAAACAGAAGGAAGAAUAAUCAUGUCCAAAAAUAAUGGAAGAGAUUAUGCAAAACUUAUGUGGAAGAAGAGAUCAAAUGCUCCACGAAAGGAAUUAGAUGAUGAAGAAAAUAAAGGAAACAAGGUCAAAAUAUCGUUUCAAGAGGAAGCUCAAGUAAAGAUAUUGAAGAGAGAAUCACGGUUGAUGCUAGAAUCUCCAACAUCAGCACAAGAUGAAGAAGAAGCAGUGAACUCCAUUGGAAACGACCCUGCGGAAGACGUGGUGGUUAUGGACUAUGCACAACCCCAUCGAAAACCACCCAUUCACAACACAAAACACUAGAUACAUUGUACUAAUAGAUGAAAAAUCAUACUAGUGUUUAUGUAUUUUGCUUUCUCGUUUAUACGUAUGUGAGACUGCCGGUCUUCAGUUUGUUCUUUUUACUUAUUAUUGUUUUCGCAAAUGAAGGAGAAUCCUAGAUGAGAAUACUCCCAUAUUGUAUUGAUUCUCCAUGUAUGUACAAAUAGAAAUGACUAAGAAUUUCAAAAGCUAGUUCUAGCAAGAAAUAUCAGUGUUAUGGUCGCCUGUUACAUAAAUGCAAUGGUGAUAUAUUGAAUGAGAAAGAAGGGGUUGAGGCUUA